CAAUCGCGACCAGAACUUGAUUUUUGGAUAAAGAAUAUUCAGAGCUCAUCGCAUCUCGAGCCGGACUAGGACACUCUCAUGAUCACUCCUCGAUUCUCGUGCACCCAAAAUGAUACCUCCGUGAUCGUGAAGGUGUAUUGUCCCUCGAUUCGCGCUUCAGAGGUGGAAAUCAAUGUCGAUGGGCAACUCGUUGUUCUUCACGUCCAACCCUACUUUCUGAGGCUAAACUUCCCCCAUCCGGUACUUGAGGACGGCCAGUCGAACGCCCAAUACGACCCAACGUCCGCUUACUUGACGCUAACUCUCACAAAAGAAAGCUCAGGCCAGUUUUUUGAAGACCUCGACCUUUUGUCACGGCUUCUUGCACCACGACCUACUCAGGGAGAGCAGCCGCCGGUUAUUGAGGUUUUGGACUCCCAAGAUACGCCUUCAGAAAGGCGAGAGGCCAGUCUGACUUCAGAACAACAGGAAAUCCUUCAAGCGGCUUCCAAUGAUUGGCAACUGCCACAGACCGCUCCUGAUUCUCUGCCCUCUCUGAAUCUCACGUCCAAAAAAUACUACGGUUUUCUGGAUCUCUACACGGGGUAUUUCACAAACAUCAAGUUUUCCGAGAAUGAAGUCAAUGAAUUGAACGAUGUCGAAUCCUGCCCGUUGGAGGACCGGCGCAAACUUCGAUUGCAACAUGAGGAAGACAAAUGGGACGAAGAGCAUUAUAUGGCUGACUUCGCCGAUGAUACUUUUAUCCAAGAACUCCUCUCCUGGCAAGACGACCGUGCCGAGGACGAGAAUUCCUUUUCAGAUGAGGAGAAUAUGAUCUUAUUGCGGCUUCCACGCAAAGAAUGCAUGCUCGCUUUGUUCCUCUUAAGAAACCACCUUUCUCAUGAUUGCAUAGAUAUCUUUGACCCACGUCAAGAACGGAACAUCUACUAUAAUCUUGCCGCGCUGCUGUUCGCGUAUGCCUAUGACAACCGAACUACGAUGCACGAUCCGACGCCUGAGAGUGCAUGGACGAUCUGUUCACUGAUUCCUGCGUUCUCAGCUCUGGACCCACCGCCAUAUGGCAGUCCAGACUCACCCGCGCCCAAUAUCACUGAGGCUCAGGCUGUCAGCAGCCCAUCCUUUGAUGAAACUGAAUUAGCGGCGACCUUGACGCAGUCGUAUCGGCGUUCACUUGCAUUUCCGCUCUACCGGUCGUUCUCUCUGGCCGAAGCGUGCCGCCGCGAUAUUGCAGGCAUCCUGAGCAAGGGCAAGCGUGCGGCUAUUCAUCGGCUUCUCGAAAUGAAGCACACUUUGGAUCACCAUGAAGUUUAUUACAUUUACAGCAAGAUUUGGAUCGAUGACUACUGCGUGUGGCUGCAGACUUCCGGGAGUGACGAAAAGCUCCAGGAAAUGGCAGCGGCUUUGUCGCGUAUCAAAGUGACCAAGGACAUGAUUGGUUGGGAUUUACUAGAACUCGAGGCAGCCACUCAACGAUCCGGAGGGUCAACUCCCGACAGCGAUGACGACUCUGAUACUUGACGCUGUUCAAGCUGCCGAGGAUCGGACAUUCACAUUGGACGGUGCCUUUCCUGCGGCUUGUACAGUCCAGGUUAUUCGCCUUUUGCAACUGAUCGUAGUUGUCCAAAAGAUCCAGGCAGCAAGAUUACCGGAUGCCUAUUAUGUGUACAUGUUACUUUAGGUUACUUUCCA